AUGUCGUGCGCAGAUUGUUUCAAGGGAUACAUGCUCGAUGGCGAGCCUCGCGGGAGUAUGGUCGAUAUCGGCGGAGUGCAAGCUUACUCGACCCUCCCGGCGAAAGGCGACGCAAAGGCAGGCACCGCCAUCGUCAUUGCUACCGACAUCUUCGGCCUAGCCGUCAAGAAUCCCAAACUUCUCGCUGAUCGCUUCUCUGAUGUUCUCGGUGUUGCUGCCUACGUGCCAGACCUGUUCGAAGGAGAUUUCCCGGGCGUCAACGUCAAGCUGAUCGAGAAACCUAUCAGCAAGGAGAGCAUGCUCACCAAGAUUGUCGCAAACGGAAAGAUGAUCACAUCGUUCAUGACCGAGAUUGGACCUCGAUGGGUCAUGCGACACUCGCAGGGCAAGCUGACGCCAAUACACACUCGAUUUCUGAAAGCUCUCCGGGCCGACAAGGGCAUCAGCAAGAUUGGCGAGGUUGGCUACUGCUACGGUGGUGUACAGAGUAUCACCAUGGCCGGCAUGGACCCUCCCCUCAUCGAUGUCGCCGUGGCCGCUCAUCCGGGCAACACGAGCAAAGACAUGUUUGAAAAGAUCAGAGUGCCUAUCCUCUUUGUGGCCGCAGAAGAAGAUAUGACGUUUGGCGAGCCUGUUCAGAAGAUGGCAAAGGAAGUCCUAGCUGCCAACAAGGUGCCUGCGCAGUUUGAACGCUAUAUGGGCUGCUGUCAUGGCUUCGCAGCUCGACCAAAUCUGGCCGACAAAGAGAUCAAGGUCGCUUUUGAAGCUGCCAAUGAAGCCAUUGCCGCCUUUUUCCAGAAGCAUCUGACAUAG